AUGCUGCGGGCCGUGGUGGGGCGGCGCGUGCGCCGUGCUGUGCAGCCAUGCGACCUGGUGGACUACCUCAACGGCCGCCUGGACGGUGACUUCGCCAGUGAAAGUGUCGAGGUCACCAACGUCUGGACGCGCCUUCGGACCGCCACCAGGCGCAUCAGGCCGAAGAUGGCCGUGGGGUGGGCCCUCGACGCCGACCAACAGCCGCAGCUGCAGCUCAACGCCUCUGCCCUGCAAGUAAAGGAUGCGGAGGCCGCGCUGACACAUGCCAUCAGGGGCUAUUUCCGGCAACGCCUGCUCAACAAACCUGAUCAGGGCAAGGUCUACGCGGUGACGAGUGCCUCGACGCCGCCAAACCAUUUUAUGCGGAGCGGGAAUUUUACUCGCUUCGCGGAGUGGCGGUUCGUGCACCGAGCCCGCCUCGACUGUGUGCCCCUGAACGGGUCCCGGCGCUGGGGGAACGGGGUGAAGGCGUGCCGCAGGUGUGGGUAUGAGAACGAGACCCUGCCGCACGUCCUGAACCACUGCAAGCCGCACUUCGCCACCAUCACCCGCCGUCACAACGCGGUCCUUGGUCGGCUCGUCAAGGCGCUCAAGCCUUCGAGCGGGACCACGGUCCGCGUGAACCAGACCGUGCCAGGUUUCAACGACGGUCUUCGGCCCGACCUCUUUAUUCUUAAUGAGGCGGAGAAGACCGCCGCGAUAAUCGAUGUGGCUACGCCGUUUGAAAAUCGGUACGCCGCAUUUGAAGCCGCGCGGAAUGGCAAGAAGGUCAAAUACGACCACAUUGCGAGCCACCUGCGUCAGCAGGGCUACGAUGUGGUCGUAGAUGCAUUCCUCGUAGGGGCGCUGGGUGGAUGGGACCCGGCGAAUGAGCGGCUCAUCAGUCAGUUGCGCCUUAGACGCCGCUACUGCCAUCUGAUGCGGCGCCUAAUGUGCACGGACGCUAUCCGCUGGAGCAGGGACAUCUACGUCGAGCACGUGACGGGUCAGGCAAUACGCCGAAGGCCGAGCCAACCCUGA